UACAUAAAUAGAUAAAAAACAAAAGUAGUGAGGUAAUUGUGAAAAAGCGAGGGAGCCGGAGGAGCCUCUUGUAAAUUGGGAAAUUCUCCGGCGAGGGUUUCAAAUUCCGAUGUCUACGCCGCCGAGGAAAUCUUGGACCGGGUGGUCGCUGUCACCAAGAACCGAACCUGUUGACAAGGGCAAAGGCAUCGCCUUCACGGGUACUGCUCAUAAAAGUUUGACGAGCCAAGAUUACGGAAAUAUGGAUCAAGAAGCGCUAAUUGAGAAGGUCUCCAAGCUCGAAAAUGAGCUUUUUGACUACCAAUACAAUAUGGGUCUUCUCCUGCUUGAGAAGAAGGAAUGGUCUUCUAAGUUUGAAGAAAUCAAGCAAGCCUUAGAAGAAUUAAAUGAGGCCUAUAGAAGGGAACAAGCAGCUCAUUUAAUUGCUAUAUCUGAAGUGGAGAAACGGGAAGAGAAUUUAAGGAAGGCGCUUGGAGUCGAGAAGCAAUUUGCGCGAGAGCUAGAGAAAGAGUUGCGUGAGAUGCGCUCGGAGUAUGCGGAGACCAAAUAUACCGCUGAUUCAAAAUUGGCCGAGGCAAAUGCACUGGCUACUAGUGUUGAAGAGAAAUCAUUAGAGGUAGAAGCAAAGUUGCGUGCAGCUGAUGCCAAGCUUGCUGAGGUGAGCAGAAAGAGCUCUGAAAUUGAGAGGAAACUUAAUGCAGUCUAUGCCCAAGAAAAUGCACUUCGAAGAGAACAGUCAUCUUUCAAUGCAGAGCGUGAAGCUUAUGAGACUAAUUUAUCCAGACAAAGAGAGGACUUACAAGAAUGGGAAAGAAAACUACAGGCAGCAGAGGAGAAGUUGGCUGAUGGCCGAAGAUUGCUUAACCAAAGAGAGCAACGAGCCAAUGACACUGAUAGAAUUUUGAGGCAAAAGCAGAAUGACCUUGAAGAUGAGCAGAGGAAAAUUGUCACCGCUAACUCAGUUUUGAGGAAGAAAGAAGAUGAUAUGAGCAGCCAGAUAGAAGAUCUUACUCACAAGGAGAAGGAACUUGAAGAUGCAAGAAAGAGUCUGGAGAUAAAAGAGAGGGAGUUGCUCGAUCUACAGGAGAAACUGAAUAUUAAAGAGAGAGAUGGUAUUCAAAAUCUAAUGGAUGAACAGCGAAGUGUCCUGCAUUCCAAGGAAGAGGAAUUUGAAUUGGAACUGAGGCAGAGGCGGGCAUCAUUGGAUGAGGAACUGAAAGGUAAGGUGCUUGAACUGGAGAAAAAGGAAGCUGAAGUUAAUCACAUGGAAGAGAAGAUUAAGAAACGAGAACAGGCCGUCGAAAAGAAAAUGGAAAAAGUAAAGGAGAAGGAGAAGGAUCAUGAGUUGAAGUUAAAAGCACUGAAGGAAAAGGAGAAAUCUUUGAAAAAUGAGGAAAAGUUUUUGGGAACUGAAAGGAAGCAACUAGAUUCUGAGAAGGAGAAUUUGCUAGCUCUGAAGGCUGAGCUUGAGAAUGUAAGAGCUGAGCUUGAAAAGCAACAGAUCAAGAUUAGUGAGGAUACAGAACAACUUAAAAUAAUUGAAGAUGAGAGAAUGGAAUAUGCUCGCCUACAAUCGGAACUGAAGCAGGAGAUAGACAAGUGUAGACUCCUCCGAGAAGAUCUAUUGAAGGAAGCUGAAGAUUUGAAGCAGGAAAAAGAAAGGUUUGAGAGAGAAUGGGAAGAACUAGAUGAGAAAAGAUCUGAGAUCAAGAUAAACUUGCAGGAACUUAAUGAACAGAGUGCGAAUUUCAAAAAACUGAAGUGCACUGAAGAGGAAAGGAUAAGCAAGGAGAAGCUGGAAACAGAAAAUUAUGUCCAGAGGGAGUUGGAAGCCCUUAGAGUGGCAAGAGAAGCAUUUGAAGCUACCAUGGAUCAUGACAAGUCAAUAUUAGCUGAGGAAACUCAAAGUGAGAAAAGCCAAAUGCUUCAUGCUUAUGAACAGCAGAAAAGGGAACUUGAAAGUGAUAUGCAGAGGAAGCAGGAGGAAAUGGAGUCUGCACUGCAUGUACAAGAGAAACUCUUUGAGGAAGAGAGGCAGAAGGAGCUCAGCAAUAUUGAAUAUUUAAAGGAAAUCACCCAUAGAGAAAUGGAAGAGAUGAAAUUAGAAAGAGUCAGUCUGGAGAAAGAAAAACAGGAAAUUUCUGCUAACAAGGGGAUUCUUGAAGUACAACAGUUGGAAAUGAAAAAGGAUAUUGAUGUGCUUGUUGGCUUAAGCAGGAAGUUGAAGGAUCAGAGGUUAGCUUACAUUAAGGAAAGGGACAGGUUUAUUGAUUUUGUCAAGCAGCAGAAGAGCUGCAGCUCUUGUGGAGAAGGAAUUCAUGUAAUUGAGUUUUAUGACCUUGAAGCUCUAGCUGAAGCAGAGACUUUUGAGGCUCCUCCUCUGCCAAGUGUUGCACAGGAAUAUUUGAAGGAUGGUCUACAAGGAUCUCCGGGAAGGGCUAGUGAUGAGCUGUCCCCUGGAGCUCUUAAUACAGGAUCCAUGGUUUCUGCUGGAACCAUGUCCUGGCUUCGAAAAUGUACAUCCAAGAUUCUCAAAUUCUCACCAAGCAAAAACAUUGGAAAUGCUGCUUCUGAUUGUCUGAUUGAUGAAUCUUCUCUGUCACAGAAGUGUGCAGGCAUAUCACCAAAUAAACAAUCAAACAAAGGAAAUCCAAUGAAUCUGUCUGUUUCCAUGAAUGUUCUUGAUGAUCAGAGGGUUCAACAGGAUGAUGGCGUUAGAGAGGUCAAAGUUGGCCAAGACAAUGUAGAAGACUCUCAUCAUUCAGACAUGAAAGCUGGCCAGCGCAGAACUGUCAAGAAAGGGCGUGGUAGAAGUAGUAAAACAGAAAAAGCUGCAAAUACAAGGACAUUUCUUGGAAAAAUUCCUAAAGAGGGUGAGAAUAUCACCAAUGGAAGUUUGGAGACUUCAGAUAAUAUGAACGAGGAGAGCCAGAGAGGAUCUGGUCUUUUGGGUGGAGCACCGAGAAAUGCCAGAAAGCGUAGUCAUACAUCACAGGGAACAGCUAGUGAGAUUGAUGGCAAUAAUAGUGAAGGACAGUCGGAUAGUGUAGCCAGCAUUCGCGGGAAGAGGAGACAACAGGCUGCCCCUAGUGUGCAGGCUCAUGCCGAAAGAAGAUACAAUCUGCGCCGACCUAGAAGUGCUGCACCAGCAACAUCCAAUGGAUCUUUGCCAGACCCAGUCUCAGAAUCUCAGGAAGAGAAUCGGAACUCUAAAGCUUCCCUGCAAACUCCUCAGGUGAACAACAGUGAAGAUGUAAAAGAUAGAAAUUUCGUCAUUGGUCAUCCCACGGUAGCUGAGAGCCCUUUGAAUGAUGCAGUGGACAAUCAGGAAAGCAGUGCUAACAUGGCAAAUGAGCUGUUGGAUGAUACAGGUUUGAGUGAAGAGGUGAAUGAAACACCAAAACGACCUUCAGCUUACAGAGAUGAGGAAGGGUCUGAUGACAGUGAUGAUGAGGAGGAAGAGAUAGAACAUCCCGGUGAAGUCUCUGUAGGGAAGAAGAUUUGGACUUUCAUCACGACAUAGUGGAGACCUAAAUAACUGUAGUUUGUGGUCGUGCAUUGGAGGUAGCUCUAGGAAUCUUGAUUGUUAUUUUGUUUCUCUUGCUACUUGUAGAGUAAUUUGAUGAUUUUAGAGUAAUGUGCAGUGGUGUGUAUCCUUAAAGUUUAGUCAACAGAAAUCAGUUUAGGGUCGGAAAUUUGAUUGUUCAUAUAAUGUUGGUCCAACUCUGGGUGCAUGCAUAUUGGUUUAACAAUUUUUAGUAUCCAUAUGCUUGCUGUCCCUAAGUUGACCAUUGCAGCUGUAACACUAGAGUGUGCUUCUCUCCUGUAUCUACACCAUUGAAAAUUUAACCACUAAAUAGGUGGAUAAUAUUCUUCAAUCUAUUUGAUUUUGAUCCUC